AGAUUUUGAUUUCCCACUCUAGAACCGGUGUCUAGGUCACCAUGGCGACUGGACAGAAGUUGAUGAGAGCUAUUAGAGUUUUUGAAUUUGGUGGACCAGAAGUGCUAAAACUCCAGUCGAAUGUUGCCAUACCAAUUCCGAAAGACCAUCAGGUUCUAAUUAAAGUCCAAGCCUGUGGUGUAAACCCAGUGGACACAUAUAUUCGCUCUGGUACUUACAGUAGAAAACCACUUCUACUCUAUACUCCUGGCUUAGAUGUGGCUGGAAUAAUAGAAGCUGUCGGAGAGAGUGUAUCUGCUUUCAAGAAAGGUGACAGAGUUUUCACUACCAGCACAAUCUCUGGGGGCUACGCAGAGUACGCUCUGGCAGCCGAUCACACUGUUUACACACUGCCAGAAAAACUGGACUUUAAACAAGGAGCUGCCAUCGGGAUCCCGUAUUUUACUGCUUAUCGAGCUCUGCUUCACAGUGCCCGUGUGAAAGCUGGAGAAAGUGUUCUGGUUCAUGGGGCUAGUGGAGGGGUUGGAAUAGCAGCAUGCCAAAUUGCUAGAGCUUAUGGCUUACAGGUUUUGGGCAUAGCUGGUACUGAGGAAGGACAAAAGAUUGUUUUGCAAAAUGGAGCCCACGAAGUGUUUAAUCACAAAGAAGCUAAUUACAUUGAUAAAAUUAAGAAAUCUGUUGGUGAAAAAGGAGUUGAUGUGAUUAUUGAAAUGCUAGCGAAUGUAAAUCUUAGCAACGAUUUGAAUCUUUUGUCACAUGGAGGACGAGUAAUAGUUGUUGGCAGCAGGGGUCCUAUUGAAAUAAACCCACAGGACACCAUAGCAAAGGAAUCUAGCAUAAUAGGAGUUGCUCUCUAUUCAUCCACCAAGGAGGAAUUUCAGCAGUUUGCAGCAGCCCUUCAAGCUGGAAUGGAAAUUGGUUGGUUGAGACCAGUAAUAGGUCCCCAGUAUCCAUUGGAGAAGGUGGCCCAGGCUCAUGAAGAUAUCAUUCAUAGCAGUGGGGCUACUGGAAAAAUGAUUCUUCUCUUAAAGUGA